AUGUCAAACCAGACUUCUGUAGAUGAAUUUAUUCUAUUGGGACUUUCAGAUGACACGACAGUCCAAGUUUUCCUCUUCCUGAUAUUCUUAUCUAUUUAUCUAAUAACCCUUGUAGGUAAUAUGCUUAUCAUGGUGGUGAUAAGGACUGAUCCUCAACUACACACCCCAAUGUAUUUCUUCCUCAGUAACUUAUCCUUCCUUGACAUCUGCUAUUCCUCUGUCACAGUUCCCAAGAUGCUUGAGAGCCUCCUGGUGACAAAGAAGACCAUUUCUCUCAGUGGCUGCAUUGCUCAGAUCUUCUUUUUUAUUUUCAUGGUUGGAACUGAGAUUUUCUUACUCUCAGCAAUGGCGUAUGACCGUUAUGCCGCCAUAUGCAAUCCGUUGAGGUACAGCAUGGUCAUCAGCCAUCGUGUGUGUGUCCAGAUGGUAGUGGGUGCCUGGGUAUCUGGUUUCUUGGAUUCUCUGGUCAAUACUCUUUUUUUAAUUGACUUGCAGUUCUGUGGUCCCAACUACAUUAACCAUUUCAGCUGUGAGUUGCCUUUGCUUUUGCAGAUGUCUUGCACUAGUACCUUUGCCAACGAAAUGGUGAUUCUUACAUUUAGUAUGACAUUAGGGUUUGCUGCCCUCCUUCUCAUUGUAGCUUCCUAUGUUCACAUCAUUGGCACCAUUCUUAAGAUCAGCUCUUCAGAAGGGAGGCAAAAGGCAUUCUCAACUUGUGCUUCCCACCUCACUGUGGUCCUUCUGUUUUGUGGGACAGCUUUCAUUAGGUACAUGAGACCUGCCUCAGGGUAUUCAGACACUCUGGACAAGCUGGUGUCAAUUCAGUAUAGCAUCGUAACCCCCAUGUUAAACCCCAUCAUAUACAGCCUGAAAAACAAAGAGGUGAAGACAGCUGUACAGAAACUGUUUAGAAAAUGA